AUGUCAAAUCCUUUGAAUGAAACAAUUGAAAAGAUUAUUAAUGAAAGGAUAAAACAAAAAUAUGAUUUGUUUAGUGAUUUUGAAGAAAUUUGUAAAGGCCCAUUCGGGAUCGUACGCAAAGCGACGUGGGGAGAUAAGAUAGUUGUUCUUAAAAGCUUAAACAGUGAUACAAAUGAAAUAUAUAUAAAUGCGUUCGUUAAUGAGCUUCAGAACCACAUUAAAGUUGACGGGCAUGAACAUCAAAAUAUCAUCCAAUUUUAUGGAGUUACUAAAGGCAAUUAUACAUCAUUAAAAACUUCUGAGAAUUAUAAGUAUUAUAAUAUCAAAUUAAUGAGAUUUACUUCUACGGAUAAUAUCGUUCGAAGUCAAACUCAUAAACAUGAAGCUGCUGGUGAAGCUUCCCAAUCGAAUGAAAAAACAUCUCAAUCAAAUGAAGAAGCAUCUCAAUUAAAUGAAGAAACUUCACAAUUAAAUGAAGAACCUUCUCAAACCAAUGAUGAGGCUUCUCAAAUCAAUGAAGAAACUUCAACUAUAAUCACCAAAGAACAUAAAGAAGAAAUUAUUUCUUGGAUUAAUCCUUCACCACACGAUACACAACAUGAGCUUAAACUAAUUUUUAAAGGUAGCAGAGAUGGGUUUGAGAAAAGCACUUUUUAUAACAAGUGUAAAAAUAUAGAUAAUACCAUAAUAAUUUUGAAGGUUUUAAAAACUGGAGAGAUUUUUGGUGGAUAUAAUCCUCUUACCUGGAAAGUAAUUGGUGGAAAAAAAUAUAAAAAAACUGAUUCUAGUUUUAUUUUUUCUCUAAAAACAGAUGAACAACGAACUUCUACACUUAUUAAAGUCAAAAAUAAGGAUUUUGCAAUUUGCUGUUUGAAGGACUUCGGUCCAUCGUUUGGAUAUUUAGAUCUCUUUGUAUCUGGAAAUGAUUUAAAAACUUGGAAAUGUUGUCAGCAAAAUUACGAAAAAGCAAUCAAAGUUAUAGAGAGCGAAACUCAAUAUCUAGAAUUUCAAAUAGAAGAUUAUGAA